CCGGCGCUCCUCCCAUCCUCCUCCUCCCUCCUCUCUCCGUCGCGACCUCCGUCGGCCAUCCCCCUCCUCUCUCCGCCGCGACCUCCGCCGGCCUCGACCUCACCGGCCAAGCGGAGGCACGGGCGUGGCGAGCGGAGCCGCGGGCCCGCGCCGCCCUCACGCGUCUCGAGCUCGAGCUCCACCGCGACCUCUGCCACCGGCCUUACUUGUCUCGAGCUCAGGGGUGCUUGGCGCGGCGAACAAGCCGAGGGUCCCGGGAAUGGGAUCCCCGCUGCUGAUCGCCGCAGAGCCGGAGCGCCGCAGCAGAGCUCGCUCUCCAUGGCGGUGCGCGGCCGUGGGAGGGGCAGCGGCGCUCACCCGCGCCGCGUGCCGGUCGAGCGCAGCGACGCUGGCGUGGUGGAGGGGGAGGAGGAGUCCAGCGACGACGGCGGCGUGGUGGUGGAGGAUGAGGUCGGCGGCGACGGCCCCGUGGUGGUGGAGGAAGAGGAGGCCAACGAUGACGGACCCGUGGCGGAGGAGGACGAGAACGUCGGCGGGGUCGCGGAGCAGGACCAGGAGGCGGGCGGCGCGCGGGGCGAGCAGCGGCGGCGAGCGACUGAAGCACAAGAAACACCCGCGACGAUUAGUAUUCAAGGUUGGAUAGCGCUUGAUGUCCACGAUUCAUAUUGUCAUUCAUAUCGUCUUCAUGAGAGUGGGAAGAAUGAACAAGACAGGAUUGACGAUGCAGUCCGUAUGUACGAGGCUGUGGAACCUUUCCAAUUCAUGCAUUGCUGGAAAAUCCUCCUAAACGAAUCAAAAUGGAAUGACAAGGUUUUGGAGCUCAACAGCAACUCUGCAGGGACAUGGGGGGAAGGUUCUUCACAAGCAAACACAGCUCCUACUGCAGUGGCAGAGGAAGGUAAUGAGAAUAGUAUUCCUGCUAGACCAGCAGGAAGAGAUAGUACUAAAAGAAAGAGAGUUGCAGAUGCUUCCUCAUCCAGCACAGCAGUUGAUGUGCUUCAACGCAUUCACGACUGCUGAUAAUGUAGCAAAAACAAGAGGCUGAUAAUGUAGCAAAGCAAGCUAAGGCACAGCUGCUGACUGCUGAAGCUGCAAUCAUGGCAAUAGACAUUGACAAGGUAGCUCCGCAUCUAAAGAAUUAUUACAUUGGCAUGCAACGCCUGAUCAUGGAACGUCGUGGAUUUGCUAGCUCGGACCCAAAAGAUGCAUGAGUUGAAUUACUGUGUGUAUGUUUCAGAGUUAACUAUGUCAUUUGAACAAUCCCCAUUUAAGUUUGAGGGUAUUUAUAUUUUAGAGUUGAUGUUUGAGAGUCUAUGUGUGAACUAAACAUUGUAAGUUAUGCGAAUCUAUGUGUGAACUCAACUUUGUAAGUUCUGUUGUAAUGAUCGUUUCACAACAUCAGUUUUAUAU